UCCCCGGGCGGGCCGGGCUGCGAGCGCCCAUUGCCGUCAGUUCCGCCGCUCCCGCCCCGCGCGUCCGGCAGCAGGAGCAGGUGGGGGCGGCUCCUGUCCCGGCUCCUGCAGUUGAUGCAAAAUGAGCGUUCCUGACUACAUGCAGUGUGCUGAGGACCAUCAGACUCUCCUGGUCGUGGUUCAGCCGAUCGGCAUUGUACCCGAAGAGAGCUUCUUCAGGAUCUACAAGCGAAUUUCAGCAGUGAGUCAAGUUAACGUGCGCGACUCUCAGCGUGUGCUGUAUAUCCGCUAUAGGCACCAUUAUCCCCCGGAGAACAACGAAUGGGGGGAUUUUCAGACACACCGCAAAGUUGUGGGACUGAUAACUAUCACAGACUGUUCUUCUGCAAAGGAGUGGCCGCAGACUUUUGAGAAAUUCCAUCUGCAGAAGGAAAUGUAUGGUUCUACUCUCUACGAUUCCCGGUUGUUUGUCUUUGGGCUUCAAGGAGAGAUUGCAGAGCAGCCCCGCACUGAUGUGGCAUUUUAUCCCAGUUACGAUGAAUGUGAAACCGUGGAGAAGAGAAUAGAGGAUUUUAUUGAAUCCCUCUUCAUAGUGCUGGAGUCUAAGCGGCUUGACAGAGCCACUGACAAGUCUGGAGACAAGAUCCCAUUGCUCUGUGUUCCCUUUGAGAAGAAGGAUUUUGUAGGUCUGGACACCGACAGUAGUUUGUUGUUGGGUCUAAAAAGGCACUAUAAGAAGCGUUGUCAAGGCCGGAUGCGGAAACAUGUUGGUGACCUGUGUUUACAAGCUGGGAUGUUACAAGAUUCCUUGGUGCACUAUCACAUGGCAGUGGAACUUCUGCGGUCUGUGAAUGACUUUCUGUGGCUUGGAGCUGCUCUCGAGGGGUUAUGCUCAGCGUCAGUCAUCUAUCAUUAUCCUGGUGGUACUGGAGGUAAAGUUGGAUCUCGCCGGGCACAAGGGGGUUCUCUUUCUGCUGAGGCAGGCAACAGGCACAGACCAGGGGCACAAGAAGUUCUCAUUGAUCCAGGUGCGCUGACUUCCAACGGUAUCAACGCGGACACCAGCGCCGAGAUAGGACGUGCCAAGAAUUGCCUGAGUCCCGAAGACAUCAUAGACAAAUAUAAAGAAGCCAUUUCUUACUACGGCAAGUACAAGAACGCUGGCGUGAUUGAACUGGAAGCCUGCGUGAAGGCGGUGAGAGUCCUUGCGAUACAGAAAAGGAGCAUGGAAGCCUCUGAGUUUCUUCAAAAUGCCGUUUACAUCAACCUUCGUCAGCUUUCAGAAGAAGAGAAAAUCCAGCGCUACAGCAUUCUCUCGGAGCUCUACGAACGGAUCGGUUUUCACCGCAAAUCCGCUUUUUUCAAGCGGAUCGCGGCCAUGCAAUGUGCUGCGCCCAGCAUUCCCGAACCCGGCUGGCGGGCCUGCUACAAAUUGCUUUUGGAAACUCUCCCUGGCUACAGUUUAUCACUGGAUCCUAAAGAUUUCAGCAAAGGAACUCAUCGGGGAUGGGCUGCGGUGCAGAUGCGUUUGCUCCAUGAACUGGUCUACGCUUCCAGACGAAUGGGCAACCCUGCUCUCUGCGUCAGGCAUCUGUCUUUCCUUCUCCAGACCAUGCUGGAUUUUCUUUCUGAUCAAGAAAAGAAAGAUGUAACGCAGAGCUUGGAAAGCUACACAGCAAAAUGUCCUGGUACGAUGGAAAUCAUCACCCUUCCAGAUGGUUUGAAGUUGCCUCCUGUUCCAUUCACCAAAUUGCCUAUUGUGAGAUCUGUGAAGCUCUUGAACCUCCCGACCAGUCUCCGGCCUCACAAAAUGAAAAGUCUACUUGGUCAGAAUGUGUCAACCAAAAGCCCUUUCAUAUACUCUCCAAUUAUUGCUCAUAGUCGUGGGGAAGAACGGAGUAAGAAAAUAGAUUUCCAGUGGGUCCAGGGAGAUGUGUGUGAAGUCCAGUUGAUGGUGUACAACCCUAUGCCUUUUGAGCUCCGAGUAGAAAACAUGGGUCUCUUGACAACAGGAGUAGAGUUCGAAUCUCUUCCUGCGGCUCUUUCUCUACCUGCGGAAUCUGGUCUGUACCCGGUGACUCUGGUUGGUGUUCCUCAAACCACCGGGCAGAUCACGGUCAAUGGUUACCAUACUUCAGUUUUUGGAGUCUACAGUGAUUGCCUUCUGGACAACCUGCCAGGAGUGAAGACCAACGGCUGUGCGGUUGAAGUCAUUCCAGCUUUGCCAAGGCUGCAGAUCAGUACCUCCCUUCCAAGGUCUGCCCAUAUGCUCCAGCCUUCUUCAGGGGACGAAAUCUCCACUAACGUGUCUGUCCAGCUUUACAACGGAGAGACCCAACAGCUUAUCAUAAAGUUAGAGAAUAUUGGAACAGAACCGCUGGAGAAACUGGAGGUCACAGCCAAAACAGUCAACACUAAAGAGAAGCUGUACGGGGACUUCUUGAGUUGGAAGCUGGAAGAUACCCUCUCGCAGUUCCCUCUAAAACCUGGGAAGAUUGCAACGUUCACCGUGAACAUUAAAGUGAAGCUGGACUUUUCAUGCCAAGAAAACCUGCUGCAGGAUCUCAGCGAUGAUGGAAUCAGCGUUACUGGACUGCCGCUCUCCAGCCCCUUUCGGCAGGUUGUCAAACCGAGAGUAGAGACCAAACCUGUUAAUCCCCAAGAAAGCAGCAAAGUCGGUGAUUUCAGUCACGUGAAGAUGCUGGAAGCCGUUUUGAAUUUUAAGUAUUCUGGUGGACCGGGACAUGUUGAAGGAUAUUACAGGAACCUUUCACUUGGCCUUCAUGUAGAAGUAGAGCCGUCUGUUUUCUUUACCCGUGUCAGUACCCUUCCAGCAACAAGCACCCGGCAAUGCCAUCUGCUUCUCGAUGUCUUCAACUCUACAGAACACGAGUUGACCAUCAGCGCUAGGAACAAUGAAGAUUUAAUUCUGCAUGCUGGGGAAUGUCAGCGCAUGGCUAUCCAAGUUGACAAGUUCAGCUUCGAGAGCUUCCCAGAAUCCCCCACUGACGGGACACAGUUUGCGAAUGCGAAGCAGCUGGAAGAAGAAAGGCAACAAGCCAAAGGUCUGGAGAUUAACAGCAAGCUGGAUAUUUGCUGGAAAAUUCCUUCCUUGAAGCGUGAAGGGGAAGCCAGUGUGGAGGGUGUUCUUAAUCAACUGGUCCUGGAGCAUCUACAGUUGGCUCCUCUCCAGUGGGAUAUCCUCGUUGACGGCAAGCUUUGCGACUGCGAUAUCGUGGUGGACUGCAAAGUGGGGGAUCCCGUCCCGUUGGAGGUGAAGCUGACCAACUGGAGCAAAAACAGCGUAGGGCCCUUUGCGCUCACCGUGACGCCCUACCAGGAUUACCAAAACGGGGUGCACAACUACGAGCUGCAAGAUGCCAUCACCUUUGUGGGAUCCAACACCUUCUACAUCGAUUCAGUGAAGCCGACCAAAGACUCUGUGUACUUUGGAGCACUUCUCUUUCUCUACACAGGCGACUUCUACCUGAAUAUCAAAUUCCAUGAGGACAACUGCAGCAAGGAGCUGCCUCUCUCCUGGUUCUGCCUUCCUAGUGUCCACAUCCGGGCUAUGGAGCCCAUGGUCCAAACUCAGCCCUAAAUGUACUGUGCGCUGUCUGAUUAACCACAGCGCACAGAAAUGCUUGGCACAUCCUCUGCUUGACCCCAGCUUGUUUCUGUCCAACCCCAGGCCACAGUUUCUACUUUGGAGGAACAGCUGAACACUUUCUGAAUUGGCUGAUAGUCAUUUGGGCAGCUGCUUUAGCUAAUUUCAGAGAGAAAGAGAGUGAGAUUAUAACUAUGCUAGAGUUUUCCUCUAUUUCCAAAAAAGCCUUUGAAACUGCUAAUAUAUGCAUUAUACUUUUAUAUACCCUAUUGAUAUCUGUGGGUUUGAAAGGGUCUUGAGGGUUGAAUUUAAAAGCACUGAAUUUAACCAUGUGUUUGAGGGUCACAAUUCCAGCUUGAAUAAUCUCGUUUUAGCAUUUUUCAACGAGAGCUGUAUACCUGUUUGAAAUGCCUCCUGGCUUACGCUGGACCCAUGGCACAUACCCUUGAGAUGUAGUUGUCUCUCAGACUUGUUCCCAGGUUUGUUCUUCUUCACUUAUUUGCGGAGUAUUUGGUGUCUUUGGUAGUAAAUAGCAGUAGUGAUGCUUUUUGCUGUGUUACUGAAAGUAGGAAUAGAAAAUGUGCCUCCAGUUAUUCUCUUCCUCCCCUGAACCUAGUGCCACUUGCUCCUAGUAAAGUCACUGCCUUUAGUUUGGUAGAUCUAUGAACAAGAAAUGAAAGAUGGCAAUGAAGACCUAAAGAGUUUUGUCCUUGAAAAAGGAAAUAAGCCACCUGUUGGGUUGCCUAGGGCUUGCUUGUGAAUUUGGGCUUUCACAGUUCUGUUUUAUACAAUGACAAUUGCUUGAAACGUUUGCAGACACUUAAAGAGCCACCAGAAUUAAUCAGCUGGUCAUUAAUAACACUUUGCGUGAGUUUUUUGCAAACUCUCCUUAUCAGAUUUUUCAUGCUAAUAGACUGGGUUUGAUUACGCGGUUGUUUUUCUUUCUUCUUUUUGUUAGAAUGAUUAAGUUUAAUUAUUAGGCAAUUAAGGCUGUGGAAUCCUGGCCAUAAAAGUAGUUGAUGAAUGUACUGAAAAUUUAGCCUGUUGUCUUUCAGAAUAACGUUUUGUAUAAAGAGACCUACAUCCACACCAUGUAAAGCAGGGAGAUGUCUUAGUUGUAUGAUUAAUAUAUUCUUUUAUGGACCAUAUAUUUCAAACCUGUCUCAGUCUUUUCUUACAUUUACAGCCUGCAGCUCUUAUAUUUGGUGACAGCGUACUUUUGGGGGUAGAUACACCAAGAUGUGGCAGGGGUGCUCCAGUUUGCUCCGGUUAGCUCUAUACGUGCUAAAUCUACAUGCACAACCUCCUUGCAGAUUCUUUUUGUUUGUUUAGGCUUCAUCCAAAUGUGAGCACACCACUUCACGCCUGACCUGGUCCAUCCUGCUCAUGCUGUGGAGCACCAACCCAGUUUGCUCAUUCUUGCUCCUUGCACCAUCCCCAGUUGUACUUUUAGAUGUGACUGGUGUUUUCCAUAGGAAAGACCAUGCUCAAAACUCCAUGUUUGCAAAUGACUGUAAUGUGUUAAUCCUAAAUAUAUUUAUAAAUAGAGGGAACUAUAGCUGUAGCAUGAUAGCUAUAUUUCCACUGUAUGCGGGGUAUUAUCUCUGAAAACCUAUAUUGUGGCAAUGUUAUCAGUGUUUGCUCUUGAGCUGUGGCUCUGCACACAGCUUUGAAUGCCAGAGUGGAAGUCUCUGGUCUUAAACUGGUGGACAUUUGAGACCAAUUGAAGAUCUACUUGCAAUGAUGUAUUGCUCUGUCAGCUGCCAGCACGCCAUGUCCAGUAAGAAAACUGUUCCUUAGAAUUGCACAGCGGCUCUGGGCCAGAGACACCCGUGGAAAGAAUGUCACGGGAAGAGGGUCCAACCAGCCAAGUAGGGCAUUUUUUUUGUUGGUGGAGCUUAGUUGACCAGUUUGUGCCAUGAAGCCGAAUUCUCUGUCACUACAUAGGCAUAUACACAGAAAAAUAAGAUACCAGGAGAGUGGGAAUUAAACCAGUUAAUCUUCUCCAUGAAAGCUUGCUUUAGACAUGUGUCUCUGGGCUAUGUUACAUAGCACUGUUGCGGCAAAAUCCAAAUUGGGUUUUAUUCAGUAUUCCCAGCAGGUAAUCUGCAGAUGCCAGGGAUACAGCUAAGGGUUUGUACGGAUCGCAUUGCAUUUGAAACAAAAAUAUUGGGAAGCAAAUGCUGCUUCAGUGAGGAUGCUUUGGUUUACCCAGUUAAGGUAUAAUUUCCUAGUUUAUUUUUGAGAGCAUUCUCUGAGAGCAGAGGAUAUUGUUCUGUGAAACCUGUACUGGGAUGCAGCACUCCUGUGUCCUUUACCUGAAAAGGAUCCUGAUCCACAGCCUGAUGAAGCUGUUGGAACCGGGACAGAUUUUAUUAUAACAAAAGCAAGUGGCGUAUUUCCUCGUUUUCCAAUAUGCCAUCAUAAAUCUCCCAUAUGAGCUCAUAAAUAUAAAUCCUUAUGUGCGAGCUGACCAUUAAUGGUCUAUCUGUUCAUUAUGUAGUAGACCACUCUGUCCCUUGUCAACUUUGAUGCUUAGUUGCUUUUGGCAUUUAUUAUAUCUUUCCCGAUUUUCUCACACUUCUACUUGUCUUGGUAAGAGAGAGAAAACACAAGAAAUCAAGAAAUUUUUCCUUCUGGGAAUCAUUUGUGACUUGUCCAGAAGGAGUAUAUUUAAGUGUCAGUGUAAUUUGGAAAAGGUGAGGGGUACUUGAAAUGAGAAUACUACAUCAUUUUUUGUUUUCUUUUUAAUGGACGUUUUCACUGGGCUUGCUGUCAGGAUUGGUCCUUGCAGUGCUUGAAAAGAAGGCUGAUACUUUUCUGAUCUGCUCUCCUUUUCUGGAACCAAUAACUUGUUUUUAUUUCUCUGAACCACCCAGCUAUUAUUUUGAACACGAUGAGCCAAACUGCACAUUGUUACACAGAUGUAAAUCUGAUAUGAUCCAACUUGGUUGAAUUAAAUCAUUCCUAAUUUAAAUCACCAUUACUGAGAGCAGAUGUUGGUCCAAUAUAUGUAUGCAUUAGAGAAGUAUAAGUAAUGUAAAUUUAACUGUCUGAAUAAAUACUUACCUUGCAUUAUUUACA